AUGGAACUGGCAGCUGGAGAAGAUGAACCAGGUGUUUGGGCGGCGGAACUGAUUUCACCCGAAACUGCUGAAAUAAAUAAGAUACAGCGAAUUCUGGUAAAGCAUUGUAGACAUGAGGAGUGCCCUUAUGCAAGAGGGGGACUUCAUCCGUGGCCUCGGUUGCAAGAAAUGCUGUUAAUCCGGACAGGAAAGAUAUAUGAAGUAGAGACCUUGGAAGAGAUCAUGGAAGACAGCGAACGGGUAACCUUGAAUAAAGACGGGUUAACCGCCUCUUAUGGACACUCCAAGGGACAGACACCUAAUUAUCAAGAAUACAAGGGAAAUGAAACACUGUAUCACCUAACUCGCUCGAAGAAUGUGGAGUCGAUAUUAGAGAAGGGAUUAAGCCAAUGGCUAGAGGUUGUCGAAUCAAAUCAGGAGCAUGAUGUUAAGAAGAGAGAUGCGGAUGAAGAUGAAUAUAUUCCUGGUCAAACAUAUGGGACAACAUACACCAGAUGGGGAAGACGAAAUUGUAAAGGGAACAGUAAACUUGUGUACAGUGGACUUGCAGCGGGAACUCAUUAUUCACAUACUGGUGGGGGUGCUAAUUAUAUCUGCCUUGAUUUUAAUGUCGACUACACCGGAAAAUACGUAGAAGGGGGACAAGGUUCUUCGCAUAUGUACGGGGUGGAGUACAGAGAUGGAAACUGGGUGAAUCAACUAUUCGAUCUUUCUGAUACAGAAUUUAACACUCUACAAUUUCAUUCACUUCCCUGUGCCGUAUGCAUGGCCGAAAGAAAAAUUGACCAGGUCAUGAUUCCCGGUCGGGAAACUUGCCCGGAAGGUUGGACCACUGAAUAUAGAGGAUACGUCAUGGCUGGUAGUCAUGGUGAUAAACAUCCAACCGAAUUUAUUUGCGUCGACGAACGACCUCAAGUGGUUCCUGGAACAAGCGGAGAUCAGAAGGGUGUCUUUCUGUUCAUGGUUGAGACUCAAUGCGCAUCAUUACUUUGCGAACCAUUUGUCGCGGGAAGAGAAUUGAGAUGUGUAGUUUGCUCAAUUUGAGUCGUGUUGAACUCCUGAAAAAUAAAAUAUUCACACAUUUAUUAUAUGUUGCAAAUGACUAAUAAAAUUAAAAUAAUAUG